AAAGCUUUAAAAAUACCAACAAAACUGCUACUAAAUAGAAAUUUACAUGAAAAUAGUAUGAAAUGGUAAAGGGAUAGUAAAAACAGCAAUUGUGUUGGUUAUUAUAAAGCUCUGUAAAAAGUAAUACGUACGUCACAAAUCACAACUACCGGUUCAAUAUAUAACAAAUCUGUGCAUCAAUGAUAUCAAUAUUGUUGGGCGAACGGAAUACGCAGCACGGGAGGCGUAUGUAGCACUAAAGAAAGCGGCUACAAAAAUGGGUUUAUUAAUAAACAUUAAUAAAACAAAAUACAUGAAAGUAGGUCUGCAACCACAAAUACGACGGCCACUUGUUAUAGAAAACGACGUCAUCGAAGCAGUUAAUGAAUUUGUAUACCUGGGAACGCUCGUCAAUAUUGUAAACCGCAGAAUUUGCACGGCUAAUAGAUGCUAUUUUGGGAUUAAUCUCCUUUUUAAUUCUACAGUUAUAUCAAGAAAUACAAAAGUAAAACUCUACAAAACAAUAAUACGCCCAGUCCUAACAUAUGGUUCAGAAACCUGGACUUUAACAAAAAGCAAUGAAAACAUGUUAGGAUGUUUCGAAAGAAAAAUAUUGAGGCGAAUCUCUGGAGCGGUAAAUGAAAAUGGUGUCUGGAGAAGACGAUACAACUUCGAACUCUAUAAAAUAUACCAGGAACCAGAUAUCGUAAAACACAUUAAGAUAGGACGUCUAAGGUGGGUAGGCCAUGUAGGAUGGAGCAAACCGACCCAGCUAGAACAACGCUUCUUGAUAGACCUAUUGGUCAAAGAAGAAGAGGAAGAUCCAGAACAAGAUUCCUAG